AUGAUGGCGAGCGCUGCAGAGGAGAUAUGUCACAGCAGUCCUAGAUCUGAAAAUAAUGCCACGACCGUGCAGUUUAAAAUCACAAGGAAAAACCAGGACAGACCCUGGAAAUUGAGGGUUGUUUACCUGCAGUGCUAUUUCAUAUCCGUUGCAACGAUUCUUGGAACUGGAAUAUUGGGUCUCCCGGUCACUGUCGCACGUGCUGGACUUCUCCCUUUCCUCGUCUCAUUUCUAAUUGGCUUCUUCAUACAAGGUUUGCUCAUUUACCUGUUUGUGGACCUGCUGCAGAGGUGCAGAGCUUCCCAGAUGGAGUCUUUGAAGUCGGCAGAGACGGAGAGAAUUCAGAUGCAAGACGUGUGUUCAGAGGAGCCGUCUGUCACUCAAACAGAAGGCGCGGAGGAGGAAGAGGAGGAGGAAGAAAGCGAAGAGCCUGGUCUGCUGGGCUCUGAUUUGAUAAGGAGGUCAUUAAAAAGAUGGAUUUCUUCGAGCCAGAGAAUGUUCAGCUGCUACCCGCGUGGUUACGUGUGUACUAUAGUAACACCGUUCCAGGACUUCAUUCAUCAUGACAGAGGUUUGCUGCAGAGGGGCGUCGCUGACAAGACCUUGGAGAAGGAGCCGGAACCCAACCUUCACGUCCUGGGCCUCCUCUUCCUCAGCAAGCGCAUGAGCCACGCCUUCAACUUCAUCCUGCUCUUCCAGUUCAUCUCCAUCGGGAUCAGCUACGCUCUGGCGGGCAGUGAGGCCUACGCAGAACUUCUGCAGGUCAGCCACACCUGCGCUAUCCCUGUGUUCACCUGGAUCCUCUCUCUGGGAAUUCUCCUGGCUCAGGUUGUGAUCCAGCCAAUCACGUCCCUGCUCACCCUCCUUAAAGGAGCCAUGUUGAUCGUCACAGUGUCUGUGACAUUUGCUGUGGGCUCAGAAGUUCACCAGCAGAUGACAAAUGACUUCUCCCAGAUAGGAAAGCCUUUCCUGAUGGGCACAGUAGCGCUGGGUGGGAUUGUUAAUGUGAUGCCCUUUCUAUUCUCUGAAAUAUCCAAUAACAGAACCCAGAUCCUGUGGUUCAGACGAGCCGUGCUGGCGGGGCUGGUCACCUGCGCCAUUUUGAAUGUCUUAUGGUGCUGGGCAGUGUUGGAAAUUGUUCCCCAGAUGUCUGUUCAGAAGGUUUUAGAAGAUGGAGUCUGGAAUAAGAGUGCAUCACUACCAGCGUACACACUCACCUACUCCAACAUCUCUCUAGAGCAGUCGGAGAGAGCUGGGGAGAUAGCAACCAUCCCGCUGACACAGAUCAUUACCCAGAAGUACAGUCGCUUCUCCUGGGUGGCGCAAUUGAUCCAGACUUUUAUUGCCAUCAGCUUAACAGUCUCCUUUCUGGUUAUGGGCUCGGCGAUGAAACACACAAUCGACGGGUUGGUGACGGCACACUGGGAUCUGGAGCCAGAGGGUGUGUCAGGAAGCUGGGAGAAGAGUCUACCUCAUUUCCUGCAGGGCUGCAACACCCAGAGAUUAGCCCGUGGAUUUAUGUCUGUUCUGGCAUUUGGGCUCAUUUUCCUGGUCGCAGUCUGUGAUCCGAAGGCAGGGCUUUGUAGUGAUGCUAGACAAAGUGGUGUCUUUCUCCUUAAACACGGAAGUAGGCCUGUUCAUCUUCAUAAUGCUCCAGACGUCCAGGUCUGAGUCUUUCAAACACCUCUCGGUGCCUUUGCCUGUGAGUGAGAGAAUGUUCUGGAUGCACAGGAUUCUGCCCGUCUACUUCCUGUUUGCCGUGGGGUACGACGUUUUCAGCACCCUGACCGAGGUGGCGGAGAGCUGGAUCCAAACGCAGUCCCCGAUUACCAACACCUCCCUGCACUGAGCCCCAAAACCCCAAACCCCUAAAAUCCAACACCUCCCUGCGCUGAGCCCCAAAACCCCAAACCCCAACACCCCACUGCCCUGAGCCCCAAAACCUCAAAACCCAACACCCCACUGCCCUGAGCCCCAAAACCCCAAAACCCAACACCCCACUGCCCUGAGCCCCAAACCCCCAUACUCCCAAACCCAACACCCCAAACCCCCAACACCCCACUGCCCUGAGCCCCAAACCCCCAAACCCCCAUACCCAACACCCCACUGCCCUGAGCCCCAAACCCCCAAUUACCCCCAUACCCAACACCUCCCUGCCCUGAGCCCCAAACCCAAACCCCAAACCCAGACGGGCCCGCGCUGUGUGGCUGGUCACGUCCCUCAUCCCGUACCCCGUUUCUGCACAGCUGGAACAUUCCACAUUAACCCCUUCCUGUCUGACGGUGAAGACUGAUGCAUGACCGUAAAGCUGACGAGCCGUGUGACUGUACUUUCCCACAAUGCACUUGUUCAGGCUGGGGUUCUGGGAAAAACCCCACAAAACAUCACAGAUAAAACUUUUUCAUAUAAAAAAGCAAUAAAUAAAAAAUAAAUUAAAAAAAUUAAUUCAUUUUAACCAUUUCUACUCCCCACUUAGCGUAAGGGCUAGAAUGAAUCAGCAGGAUGUGGAGCCCAAGCCCUCAGACUGUACAGUAUUCCUGAUGAACAUGCUUGCAAUUCAUUUGAAUGAGUGCCAAGUGUUUGAUUAAAUAAUCGUCAAACUCAUAAAAACAAACAAAUGUACCAUGGGCAGAAUCAUUGAAUUUAUGUCUUCCCUGAACUUGUGGUAUUAUAAGGAAUAAAGUAUUCAAUGUGUUUCCA